AUGAAAAGCUGUUGGGCAAGUUUAGGCAACAAGACAAGAUUCCAAGCUUCCCAGAGUCAAAAGAACUGCUUCAACUAUGAUCUGGAAUUUGGAAGCCAGUUUGACUGGUACUUAGCAAUGCUCAAGGAAGCGGCUCACCCUCAGGCUUUGCGCGGCUUAUCAAACACAUUCUCAACAUCACAGAAAUCCAAGCAGGAAUCAGGGCCCUUCAGAGCAGAAGAAGCUGGAAAUGGAGUUGAAGAGACUGCAGGGAAAGAGCUGCCCUGUGAAGAGAGAGGUGUAACAUGGCAGAGUGCCCUGGAGAAGCAGCUGGGAAAGUUCCAGAUGCCAGCUCACAGGAGGCGCCUGGCGCUAACAAAAGUCCGGCCCGCGGGCGAGCUGCGCCGGGCCGCGAGUCUCUGCUCGCUCGGGGCACCCGCAACAAGUGGCCGCUGCGCCCUCCCCGGGGAAGCCGCGGGCGCGCAGGGGCGCCGGGAGGAGGCGGCCGAGCCGGGGAGCCCCGGCCGCCCGCGCGGCUCAGCCCCACCGCAGAGGGAUCGGGGCGGGCGGAUGGGGACCCGGCGGCGGCGGCGCGGCGAGCCUCUGGGCGGCCCCGGGGCGCGGGCUCUCCGCCGCGCUGCGCCCGCUGGCCCGGAACGCGGAUUCUAAGAGCGGCGGCUGCCCCCGGCCCCACCCGGAGCCAUCGGGGGUGCCAGGCGGGGACGGAGCGCCCCCUCCCACCGGAGUGCAGGGGCCGCCCCCGGUCGGAGCCCGGCCCCGGAGCGUGGGGUAUGCGCAGCUAACGGUCCCGUCGGGCGGGCUUUCCUCUGGUGGAGCGCGCAGGCGGUGCGCCCCAGCUAUGGAGUGUCCGGGGAGACGGCGGGCAUGACGGCGGCAGGAUGGGCGCGAACAAUGGCAAACAGUACGGCAGUGAGGGUGAGUGGGCCGUCCGUCCUCAGACUCCCGGAUCGCGCCCCCCUCCCUUCCCCCUCGCCCUCCCGUCUGGGAAGGAAGGUUCUCGCACGCUACAGUGGCGCACCCCCAUUUGGCACCGUGUCCGGGCCGUCACCUUCCCCUUGGCACUGAGUGCUGAGGCGCCCCGAGGAUGCUUUCCCACCGUGGGGGUCUCAUUAAGCAACUUCCCAGGUUGUCUUUAGGACGGCUCAAGUUUCAUUUCUGCCGUAUUUCUGAGCACAUGUGCCUCAGCUUUCCUUCUCUAAGCAUCUGGGGUUUAGGAUGAUGGUUUGGCAGAGGGCGGAAGACGUUUUUGAAAAAUUACGCUGUGAAAACUUUCCCAGGCCUUUGUGCUGCAGUCCCCUGGACUCUCCUGUAGCAGGAACAACUUCUGGAAGAAGAAGUUAAGUUUCCAUUCUCUGCUCAAUGCCCCUGAGCUGACAGCUUCGUGAAACACCACCUAUGGGCCUCGCGAGGCGAGGAGUGGCCGGGGGCUUUGUUUGGGCCCUCGCGGGGCUCAAGACGGGCAAAGGACCAUCUGUUAACGUGGGGCUGGAAAUUGCACAGAAAUAUUGCCUGUCAAGUGGGAACUUGGAAGUUGGGGAAACUUUAAACUCCACCUACUCCUAAAAGGAUGAUGGAUGUGUGGGUUGGCUUCUCCCUCGCUCCUCCUCCUCUUUGCAUAAAACCGUAGUAUUGUAACCUAGCUGAUUAGCAGCUUGCCCCCGAUAUGCAUCCUGCCUGGGCUUUUUCCGCCGUUCAAAAGUUUGUAAGGUUUGUCUUUCUUGAACUUGGCUGGAGGGGAGUGGAAGAGAUGGGGUUGCUUUCAUCAGCCCUCCCCCAGAGGACAGGCGGUUACAAACGGGGUCCAGCGCCUGCAGACUGGUAGGAAUGCAGAAUGGCUGUUCAGCAUGUGGUGUUAGGGAAACUCCUAUCAUCCUGUUCAGAACUUUUGAGGUGUGGUCACAGAACGUGGAUGUCUCUCCCCGUGUUUGUGUCUGUGUUCGUUCUCAGCAGCUUGGUGAAAUUACAGCAGAAACCGACCCUAGAAAACCAUAUCCACAAGAGCUUUCUGUUUAAAUCAUUCUUUUCCAGAUCACUAUGUUCUGAAUUCCAUAUAUAUAUAAUCUCCUUAUUCUGGGCAGUUUCGUGAGAGAGAUUUUUUUUUUAAUAAUUUCAUUUAAAAAAAAG